AUGUCUAACCCAAACGACUACAAUGUUGGAUGGAUCUGCGCCGUCACGACCGAGUAUGUGGCUGCGCAGGCCAUGCUCGACGAAAAGCACCAAGGGCCAGCAUCUGUGGCCACGCACGAUAACAAUGACUACACGCUGGGCAGGAUUGGCCAACACAACGUCGUCAUCGCCGUUCUACCCCUCGGCGAUUUCGCCAAUGUUAGAGUCGGCCUCAUGGUUGGCAUCGGCGGUGGCGCACCAAGUUCUAAGCACGACAUCCGGCUUGGAGACAUCGUGGUCAGCACGUCUGGUGGCGGCCAGUGUGCCGUGGGCGGCCUUAAAGCACAGUACAUAGGUGAGGGUCACCAACUUGAAGAGACUAUAAACAACCUCAUCGACAAGAAGCCAAGACUGCGGAAAACAUACAGCCGACCGGGGGCAUCCACUGAUCGCCUGUAUAAGCCAGGAGUUCUUCAUCCCGAAAAGGAUGAGUCUGGCUGUGCAACGACCUGUGGCGAUGAUCCGUCGAACAUUGUACCACGACAUGAGCGGACCGAAGACGAAGAUAACCCGGCAAUCCACUAUGGUCUAAUCGCUUCGGCCAAUAGACUAAUGAAGGACGCUUCGAUCCGGGAUUCACUUGCAGCGAGCAAGGAGGUUUUGUGUUUCGAAAUGGAAGCAGCCGGCUUGAUGAAUCAUUUCCCAUGUCUAGUCAUCCGCGGCAUCUGCGACUACUCCGAUACGCAUAAAAACAAGGAGUGGCAGGGUUACGCAGCCAUGACGGCCGCAGCAUAUGCCAAGGAUCUGCUCCGUCGCAUUCCUCGGAAUAAGAUCGAGGCCGAGAGGAAGCUUGGCGAGGUACUCGACGGACUCCAACAGGGCGUCGCCCACCUGGUCCACAAGCAACGCCAUCGCGACUCCGAGGCCAUUCUUGAGUGGCUUGCGCCGGUUGAUUAUGCCCCUCAGCAGAGCGACUAUUACGGGAGAAGACAGCCUGGAACUGCGAGUCUACUGAAACAACUGGCCGAAAAUCAACCUUCGUUACCAGAAAGCGUGACAGAGCUUUAUCAACGCCACAGAAUGAUGCGGACGCGACCAUCAAUGGACGAAGUUCGGCGGGCGCUGCAUUCUUUGGCGGCGGAUUUAUCGAGCUCGAGACUUUUCAUUGUCAUUGACGCGCUUGACGAGUGUCCUGCAUCUAACGGCUGCCGAUCGCAAUUCAUAGAAAAUGUUUUCCAAGUGCAAAAUACCUCGAGAGCAAAUGUCUUUGCGACUUCGAGGAACAUCCCGGAGAUCACGGACAAGUUCAAAAAAUGCAUUUCAUUGGAGAUUCACGCAAGCGACCAUGACGUGCGACAGUACCUCGACGGUCAUAUGUAUCGACUGCCAGCCUUCGCUAAACGUGAUCAAAAGUUGCAAGAAGAAAUCAAGAAUGGAAUUGUGCUGGCGGUAAAGGGAAUGUUCCUCCUCGCACAGCUCCAUCUGGACGCCCUCGUUGGAAAGAAGUCUCCCUAUGCUGUCCAAAUUGCUCUUCAAAAUCUAUCCACCGGCUCGAAUGCAUAUGACGACGCAUACCGAGACGCAAUGAAGCGCAUUCAAGGCCAGGUAGAAGACCAGAAGGUGCUCGCAAUGGAUGUUUUAUCAUGGAUCACCUAUGCAUUGCGACCGUUGACCACAUCGCAACUCCAGCACGCUCUUGCUACAGAAGUCGGACACCAAGACCUUAUAAGAGGCAACAUAUCAGACGUUGAAGAUUUGGUGUCACAAUACUUUGAGCGGGAGCAAAAAAACUGGUUUCCAAAUGCAGAGUACAUGAUCGCGACGACUUGCGUUAUAUAUCUUUCAUUCAACGCGUUUGAAAGUGGGAUUUGCCGGACACGAGAGAAGUUUGAUGACAGGCUGCGGUUAUAUCGGCUCUACGACUACGCUGCCAGCUGCUGGGGGCAUCAUGCUCGUGCGUCUUCAACUUUACCGCAGGGAGUCCUGGACUUCUUAAAGUCAUAUUCCCUCAUCGAGAGCGCACAUGACAUAGAUUCCAAGGAUUUCGAAGGUCAUACGCCGCUUUACCAUGCAGCGCGUAUUGGACACGAGGCCGUUGUACGGCUACUCCUCGACAAGGGCGCCAGCGUUGAGGUUCAGGGGCAGAGCAUGGCGGCGCUAUGUUGGGCUGCGCUAAAUGGUCACGAGUCCGUUGUACGGCUACUCCUCGACAAGGGCGCCAGCGUUGAGGUUCAGGGGCAGAGCGCCACGCCGCUAUGUUGGGCUGCGCUAAAUGGUCACGAGUCCGUUGUACGGCUACUCCUCGACAAGGGCGCCAGCGUUGAGGUUCAGGGGCAGAGCGCCACGCCGCUAUGUUGGGCCGCGAGAAAUGGUCACGAGUCCGUUGUACGGCUACUCCUCGACAAGGGCGCCAGCGUUGAGGUUCAGGGGCAGAGCGUGGCGGCGCUACCUUGGGCCGCGAGAAAUGGUCACGAGUCCGUUGUACGGCUAUUCCUCGACAAGGGCGCCAGCAUUGAGGCUCAGGGGCAGAGCGCCACGCCGCUAUGUUGGGCUGCGCUAAAUGGUCACGAGUCCGUUGUACGGCUACUCCUCGACAAGGGCGCCGAUAUUGAGGGUAAGAGUCAAAACAUUGGCUGGACGCCGCUAUCUUGGGCCGCGGCAAGUGGUCACGAGUCCGUUAUACGGCUACUCCUCGACAAGGGCGCCGAUAUUGAGGGUAAGAGUCAAAACUUUAGCCGGACGCCGCUAUCUUUUGCCGCGGAAAAUGGUCACGAGUCCGUUAUACGGCUACUCCUCGACAAGGGCGCCGAUAUUGAGGCCGCUAUGAGAGGGAUAGAGGUCGCUGUACGGCUGCUUCUCGACAAGGGGGCCAAUGCCGAGUCAAGGAAAUGGAGCCAACACCGAGCCAAGGAGUGA